AUGCAUACUUUCCCCGGUAUAACCUUACUUGGUCAGCCCGAGAAACGUGGAGUUUAUGAUCAACAGGAGAUAGUAACACUUUUAACACAAUACUACGAGCUUCUUGCCAAAAUGCGUUACUUUCCCGCCUCCUACAUCAAAUAUGCACCCCAUGAUCCUCCCAUCGAUGUGGAUCUCGCAAAGAGUUUUGAUCUUGAACCACAAGUUAUUGAGCUUCUUCAAGCCCUGCCAUAUGUUGAGGGUUAUAGCAAUGAAGAUGAGUUUAUCCUUGGUGGAAGUUUUGCCAAUAUGAGGGAUCUGGAAGUGUUGAUGCAGAGUCGAGAUCCGGGAUUUGCUUCUCCUGAAGAUGGAUUUGAUGAUGAGAACGGGGAGUAUAUGAGACCUUGGGAACUCUGUAUCAAUGGAUGUGGAAAUCAUGGAGCGAUGAUGUUUCUUGACACGAGAAAUGGCCACAUAACAAUGGAAGGUCAAGAUUCCGGUCGUAGUGAAGAUCCCGGCGCAUAUAACCUCCAUAGGGGUCUUCAAAGUCGUAAUCGCAAUUCUCAUGACCAUCUUCCCAGCCGCCACGCUAGAGAACUCUUCGAAGAUUUUACCAACAGGCUUUUGAAACUUCAAUGGAUUCCAAGUUCUGAGGACCGUAGAGUUACGAAGAUCUCAGACUCCUCUUCCGAACCUACGGCUGGCCCCAUAACUUCAACCACACCAGCUUCGACUCUGCCUACUCCCGCUAGCGCGAAUGUUAUACUGUUGAAUAUUAUUCUUGAGGAGGGAAGAAAAUUAGUCAUUGAUGCAAAUGAAAUGCUAGAACAGGCUAUUGCUGAUCAUGGAUACUGGAAGGGAGAAAGAGCAGAAAUGGUUAAAGCAUGGAAGAAACAUUUUGAGAAUGGAAUCGAGAGGGAAGAGGGGAAUUUGGAUUGGUGGAGAGGAGAGGGGAAGGCGUAUUGUGAGGAGGAAGAAAUUGAAAAGACUCGAGAGAUGAUACGUGUUUUGAAGGGGAGGUUGGCGAAUGUAGAAGAAGAGCCGAUUUCAGUAGAAGAAGUGAUUAGGUCCUUGUCGAAAUAUAUCGCGAUGUCUCUAGCCUAUUCCAUGGACAUACCUCCAAAUAGACUCGCUACCAGAGUACCAACUCCCCUCCCCUUCACUGCUCAUCAAAGUCUAGCAUCUUUGCAGCUGACUGGUUCCAGAUACUACAAUUUCGGUGGUUUGUUCUACACUUCUUUUAGCACUUCUCGCAACCAGCUGUCUCCAAUAAAAUCCGUGACUGACCAUUUUGAAGAAGACGGUCAUUACUACUAUCACAAUCCCGACGGUUCACAACUCUACGCCCACAGAUCCUGGAAAAUAUUUAUCAACACCAAUGGACAGAGUGUUAUUCGACGUCAGCACUGGGAACGAGUGAAGAAGAUUGCGUGGGAUGAAUUAAUUUAUUUAGAGUGGAAAACGGGGUUGUGGUAUGGAGAGUGGUUGGAGAAGGAACGGAAGAGGUUGCAGUAUAAGGGAAAAUAUUCGGAAUAUAAUAUUUGGGUGGAUGAUGAAUUGAAGCGUGUAGUGAAGGAUAAUGAUGUGGAGGAAACUAAGGAGGAGAGUAUUGAAGAGAGGGCAAUCAAGAAGGCUAUUGUCAAGAUGGAGGAUUUCAAGGAAGAGAUUGUCAAGGAGGAACCUACUGAGGGAGUUUUUAUCAAAAGCGAGUUCUCUGACGAGGUAUUCAUGAAAACGGAAUGUUGGGCUAGGGAAAUCGGCUCGAGAACCUUGAAAGCCUUCUUUGUUGCGGAAAUUGACGUCUUGUUUCUUAAAUGCCAAUGCAAGAAUUGGUCUUGA